UUUAUUUCUCCAAUCAGCCGAGCCGAGCGAGUGUUAAAGAGGCUCAUAUCAUAUGUUGAGCACGUGUUUUCACGCGCCUACCAUAUUUACCUUAAACCGUUGUCUGAGGUGGAAGCGCUACCUUUCUCGCUCUUCAAUGGCCGCGUCUUCGUCUUCUGUUCGAAUUGUCGUCGUCGGUGAUGUGCAUGAUUGUUGGAACUUUGAGCAAGAUUCCAAGGCACUUCAGUUCCUGCGGCCGGAUUUGGUGCUCUUUACAGGCAAGUUUCACUGUUACUGCUUGUCAACCUAUCACCCUAAGGUGAUAUUUCUUAAAUACAUUUUAGUGCCUUUGGUUCCUCAUGGUCUAUUCUAAUUGGUGAGGAAAUAACUGUUGCAUGCCUUUGAAAUUCUUAGCUGAAUACCAUGGCACUGUUCUGUUGCACAUUUGAGUUCCUCAUAACUGUUCACUAUAUACUGUCUCUUAUACUCUAUCAAAGAUUUAUUAUGAUUUUUUAUUGUAUCAUUUCAACAUCUUUUAAUGUUUACGUCAUUUUUCAACUAUCCUGAAUUGAGUUUUGUUAGGUGAUUUUGGUGAGGAAAAUGUUGAAGUCGUUCGGAGUGUUGCAAACAUUGAAUUUGCUAAAGCAGUUAUAUUAGGAAACCAUGAUUCCUGGUUUACUAAACAGUUUUCUGAAAGUGAGAAGGAUAAAGUUCAGCUUCAGCUAGAAUGCUUGGCAAGGAGCACGUGGCUUAUCAACGUUUAGAUUUUCCUCUAUUAAAAGUAAGCGUUGUUGGUGGACGGCCGUUUUCUUGUGGGGGUAAACCCUUAUUCCGAAAAAAGCUGCUUUCAGCAAGAUAUGGAGUCAAAAACAUGGAUGGGAGUGCCAACAAAAUCCAGAAAGCUGCUCUUGGUAUACCGGAGGAUCAUUUUCUUAUAUUACUUGCACAUAAUGGACCCACAGGCCUUGGUUCUGGUUUGAAUGAUAUAUGUGGAAAAGAUUGGGAAUUCGACAGUGAUGGUGAUCAUGGUGACCCAGAUCUAGCUGAUGCAAUAUCCUUGCUAAAAGAGAACAAUCAGGUAUCGAUUGCUUUGGUUGUGUUCGGUCACAUGCACAAAGAGCUGGCACAUGGCAAUGGUUUUAGGAAAAUGAUUGUUGUUGGGGCCGACAACACCAUAUACUUGAAUGGGGCCAUUGUUCCAAGGGUCAAAAGGCUGAGUGAUGAUAACAAGAGAAGCUUAGACAAUGAAGGUCAUCAUUCAUCACUAGAGGCAAAGGGUACAUCAAGAGCCUUUACUUUAGUUGAGCUUUCAGAAGGAAAGGUUACUAAGGUUGCAGAAAGUUGGGUAUCAGUUGUUGAAGAUAGGACCGUGUUAGAAGAAGAAUAUAUAUUAUUUGAAGCCCAUUAAGAUUCCCAUCUUAUAUGUUUCAGUUCCUGUUUCAGUCACAUGGUAUGCGGUGUAGAAUUAACAUGUGCUUUAAUACUAAUUCUUUAUCUUAUAUUUUGGUAAUUCAUAUGUUCCUUUUAGCAGUUUUAGUUAGAGUUAAAUCUAAAAAGCAGAGAAGAUACCAAUCUGUCUUGCUUAUCUUUGCACAUUUGGACUCAUGUUGAAUAAGGUGGGUGUGUAUGUUCAGCAUGUUCCAUCUGUCGUCAUUGUUCAUAUUCUUUUAACCUGGAAUUGUCUCGUGUGGUGCCA